AUGCUGCCGUACCUGUUCCCUGAGCUGUCCACCUUUGCUACAGUCGCCGAUCUUAUCACCCACCUUCGCACUAGUGAUGCUCGCCUGCGUGCCGCCCUUCCCACCGAGUUCUGCGCUAAGAACCCCCCUCCACUGUACUGGGCACUCCACUUACUCAAGGAGAAGCUGCUAGCGGCCGAGAAGAGCAUUGUAGCUGUUGGUGCUGCUCGCGGCGCUCCUCGCACCCCCAUCUUUGAGGGGUGCUCUCCCUCUCCCCUCGCUCCCUCCUAUGCUACUGCUGCUGCUGUUGACUUCCUUGGUGCUGAGUCUGCUGGCGCUGCUUCUGCUCCUGGUGGGAGGCGCCGCACCGGCAAGGGCAAGGGGGGCAAGGGUGGCGGGGGUGGCGCUGGGGGGGGAGGGGGUGGGGGAGGUGGGGGGGGAGGCGGUGCUGGAGGGAGCGGUGGCGGGAGUGCCGGUGGGAGUGGGGCCGGCGGCGGAGGCGGGGGCGGCGGCGGGAGCAGUGGCGGUGGUGGCAGCGGCGGCAGUGGCGGCGGUGGCGGUAGUGGCGGUGGCGGUGGCGGUGGUGGCGGUCGGAGCGGAGGUAGUGGCGGCGGUGGAGGUCGGAGUGGAGGCACCGGCUCGGGCCAGAGCUCCCAGCAGCAGCAGCGUCCCCAGUCGACCCAGCAGCUUCGUGAGUGGCUUGCUCAGCGUGGGACGUCGGGGGGCAGUGGCCGCUGUUCUUAUGUCAUUCGCACAGGUGAUCGCAAGGGGCAGACGUGUGGAAAGUUCCACACUCAGUACCGCUGCUUCUUCCGCCUUGACGACGCUUGGCGUGAGGAGAUGGGCGAGGAUGUUGAGCGCCCUCGCUGGGCUGAGCUGAUGAGGGCUGGUGUUGAUAUCUUUGCUCUUGACUAUGAUGCUAUUAUUGCUGCCAUGUAUGCAUUGACUGUUAGUGCCGAGGGAGACUGUUACUUGUGUGUGCCGCCUGACCCAGGUAUAGGGCCCGCUGCCCUAGGUACUAGUGAGUCUGCUCUCUCUGGUAUGGUGCCCCCUGUACCUGCUCCCUCCUGCACUGUCCCUGCUGCUUGCGAGUCUGCUCUCUCAGGUACAGCACCCACAGAGACUGCUCUCUCAGGUACUGCACCGACUGAGACCUGUCACACCUUCACCCUUGACUCAGGUGCUUCCCGCUGCUUCUUUCGAGACAGUACUGAGCUCACACCGCUUCCUGCACCGGUCCCAGUCUCCUUGGCUGACCCCUCUGGGGGCCCAGUCCUUGCCCAGUCCACUACUGUGCUCCCUUGUCCGGCGGUUCCGUCUGGCUCGUUGACGGGUUUCCACCUCCCCUCGUUCUCGACGAACCUGGUGAGCAACGCUGUCCUCCAGGAUCAGUGGGUUGACACCUUUACCCCUGGAGGACAGCGUGUGGCGAUCUGCACGUGCUCCAGGACCGGCCGUCACCUGGCUACGUUUACUCGUCGGCCGGGGUCGAGUCUCUACACACUGACCACUGCGUCUCCUCAGGUCGCUGCUGUCGGUCAGGUGUCCGCGUCAGGUCUGGUGGCCCACGCCUGUGAGUGUCGUUCCCUGUCGCACCAGACUCUUCUCUGGCACCACCGCCUGGGUCACCCCUCCUUGCCACGCCUCCGUGGCAUGCACCGUCGCAGCCUUGUGUCUGGUCUUCCCAGGUCCCUCCCUCCCCUCCCUGCCUCGCCUGCGCCGCCUUGCCUUCCUUGCGUCGAGGGGCGGCAGCGCGCCGCUCCUCACUCCUCCUCGUUCCCCCCGACAGAGGCUCCUCUGCAGACCCUCCACCUGGACGUGUGGGGCCCAGCCCGCGUUCGUGGCCAGGGCGGUGAGCGGUAUUUUUUGCUGGUUGUCGACGACUACUCGCGUUACACCACGGUCUUCCCCUUGCGCACCAAGGGUGAGGUCCCUGCUGUUCUGAUCCCUUGGAUCCGCACAGUUCGUCUCCAGCUCCGCCGCCGUUUCCGGACGGAUCUUCCUGUCCUGCGUCUGCACUCUGACAGAGGUGGUGAGUUUUCCUCCGACCUCUUGAGGACCUUCUGUCAGGCGGAGGGCAUCGAGCAGACCUUCACGCUUCCAGACUCCCCACAGCAGAAUGGGGUUGCUGAGCGCCGCAUUGGCCUGGUCAUGGAGGUCGCUCGUACCUCCUUGGUCCAUGCGGCGGCUCCCCAUUUUCUGUGGCCGUUUGCUGUCCGGUAUGCCGCGCAUCAGCUCAACCUCUGGCCCCGUGUCUCCUUGCCGGAGACCUCGCCCACACUGCGUUGGACGGGGGAGGUUGGCGAUGCGUCGCGCUUCCGGGUGUGGGGUGCUCGUGCCCUUGUCCGCGAUACGUCCGCGGACAAGCUCUCCUCCCGCACGCUUCCCUGUGUCUUCCUUGGCUUUGUCCCUGACGCGCCGGGCUGGCAGUUUUACCACCCCACCUCGCGCCGGGUCUUCGCCUCUCAGGACGUCACCUUUGACGAGUCGGUCCCUUUUUACCGUCUCUUCCCCUACCGUACUGCCCCCCUCCCUCCCCCGCCGCUUUUCCUUGCUCCUGGUCCCCCUCCGGUAGACCCCCUUCCCCCUCAGGGUCCUGCUCCUUCAGGUGUCUCUCAGGUAGACCCUCCUCCCGUCGCUGAGCCUGUCGAGGUCACAGGUGACUCAGGUGCUGCUGCAGGUGGUGCUGCUGGGAGUGCUGAGCCUGCGGGUGCUGGGCCUGGGGGUGCUGGGACUACGGGUGCUGGAGCUGAGGGUACUGUGCCUGAGAGUUCGGCGCCUGGGGGUGCUGAGCCUGGGGGUGCUGCGACUGGGGGUGCUGAGCCGGCGUGUGCGGAGUCUGGGGGUGCUGAGUCUGGGGGUGCUGCGACUGGGGGUGCUGAGCCGGCGUGUGCGGAGUCUGGGGGUGCUGAGUCUGGGGGUGCUGCGCCUGCGGGUACUGAGCCUGGGGGUGCUGCUACUGAGCCUACGGAGCCUCGGGUUGCUGCGUCUGGGGGUGCUCCGGUUCGGGGUGCUGAGCAGUCUCUCACACCACAGCAGCUUCGUGACUGGUACGUCCGGCGUUUUCGCCGUCCCCGUGGCUCGGCUGGAGCUGGGGGUACUGGAGCUGCCGGGACUGGUUGUUCUGGGAGCACUACGACUGGAGCUGCUGGAGCUGGGGACUCUGGCGCUAGCGGAGUUGUAGCUGCCGACUCUGGGGGUGCUCUUCCUUGCGGUGCUGCGGACCCUGGGGGUGGUGCUGCUGCUGGUGCUGCGGACCCACCUGGUGGAGCUGCUGCUGGAGCUGAGGACCCGAGCGGUGGCGCUGCUGCUGGUACUGGGGACCCGGACGCUGGAGUCUCUUCUGCUUCUGGAGACGCUGCGCGGCCGCGGCCGUACUUCGUACCGCUCCUUCAGCAGGUUCUUGGGCAGACUCCUCCUCCUUGUCCUCCUCCCUCCGUAGAGUGUCCUCCACCUGUCCAGCCGCAGUCACAGUUACCGCCUACCUCGCCUCUCCCUGCUCCCUCUCCUUACACUGGUCCCACAGGAGGUCUUACAGAGCGUCGUGAGCCUGAGUCUCGUCCUGCGUCGCCUGUCCGUACUGCUCGCACUGGUCGUCGUGUCCGUCGUGAGCGUCCUCCUCCUGUCCCAGGCACUCACUACAUGACUCUGCGUCCCUCUACUGCUCCUCAGCGUGUCCCUCUGCCGUCUCCUCCUGCGUCCUCUUUGCCUGCCGUUCCAGACCCUGAGUCUGACCGGUAUCGUGCUGAGCACCCUACUGUCACGCGUCUCCUAGCUACUGUUGUCACUGACCCUACCUUUGAGUCCUCGGCUGCGUCUGCUCUGGUCGCUGAGUUGGUUGACUUUGCUGCUGCCUGUCGUCUAGACUACGCUGCUCGCCUUGUUGCUGGGUCUGAGUCUGCGUCUGUCUGUCCUCCGUCCGUCGGGGGUGAGUGUGCUAUUGGCACGGACGUCCUUGAGGACAGGCAGGAGGACUUUGACUCUCUCGCGGCUGCUGUACCUCAUCUCGUGGCCUGGUUGCUUGCCCCUGAGGGAGACCCGGAUGCACUAGACAUCCCCACUCCGCGCACUUACGCAGAGGCGAUCUCGGGUCCCUACUCCUCUCAGUGGUAG